AUGGCUGAAAGUUCUGCAAGCGGAGAAAAAACUGUCAAAUAUGAGUGUAAGUAUUAACUAUUAAAGAAACAGUAGUGAAAUGUUAAUACUACUUUCACUACAUACAGUUUGGUUUUGCACAUAGAUCAGUACUAACUGACUACUAUUAUAACACGGGAUCUUCAGUUCUCACAAAUUAAUUUAUAAAUUUAUUCAUGUCUUGUGGCUCAGAAAUUCUAUUCUUGGUUUAAAUUUUAUUUAUUGUCUUGUUUCAAACUCAUUAUCAUGCUUAACCAUACCCAAAAACAAAGGAAAAUAUAAUCUAAACCAAGAAGCAUUCAGCUGGUUCAUUUUGUACAAUUGUGUAUAAUUUUCUCUAUAUUCAUUACUUUUUUGUUAAGAGUAAUGCAUAAUACAUGUACUAGGGACUUUAAGCAAAAUCACUAUGGUGACCUGUACUACAGCAGCUGGAAGUAAAAAAGCCCUCAAUAAAUGCAGUGCGUACAUGUAUGUUUGGAAAUGACCUUAAUUGCCGUAGCAUCAGAUCGUAAAAUGUGAUCGAAGACCUGUCUUGUGUCGUAAUCACUCUUGCGUGAGUAUAAAGUUCAACUUUUUUCCUAUUUUUUUCAGUCACAAGUUUAAAACCUAUCAUAGAUUGUUUUCACUUAUCAAGAAAGUGUUUGAUGCCCAGGGGCGCGCCCCACUCACAUAUUUUAACGACAGGGGUGGGGGGUCUGACAGAGGUUCAUAUUGUAUACCCAAAAAAAUCCCAACUUCAGAAUUUGUCUACCCAAAAAAUCCCUACUUUUUUUAGCAUACCCAAAAAAAUCCCUCAGCGUUUUUGCAUCAGCAAAUUUUAUUAUUUAUCUUCUGGAAAGAUAAAACAUGCCAACUUCAAGUUUGGUUUUGUUCAAAAAGAAUUCUGUAAAUUGCGCUUAUGUUAUUUUUGAUUUGAGCUGAUGAAAAAUACAAUACCCAAAAAAAUCCCUCUGUUGUUUUCGCGACCCGAAAAAUCCCGGCGUCUUUCACAGACCCAAAAAAAUCCCUUUUGGCCAAAAUGUCAGACCAAAAAAAAUCCUUCGGACCCCCCAUCGUUAAAAUAUGUGAGUGGGGCCCCUGGGAUUUGACACUUCUGGUUUUCUAAUUAUUAGAUCUUCCCUACCUUUUACUAACAGCGAAAGCAAAUGAGCGAGAAACCCCAUAAUUAUAACUGUUUGGGUACAACUUGCUUAAAGUUGAAAUUUGGUGGGCUACGGCAGCGUACUCUCCCCAGGACUCUAUAUCCAUGACCUCCGGAAGGAAUGUUGCCAUAGUGAUUUGCAAUAAGUCCCUACUAAAGCCAAUGCUGGAUAGACUCAUCUCUGUCUCCUUUUUUCUUUUUGUCUGUAACGCUACAGAUUUGGAUCAUACAGCUGAUGUUCAGUAAGUACCACUCCCCGAUCACAUCCCCAGCAACUGCUGAGCUAAGGAACUUGUCCCUUAAAAGUUAGCAUAGUAAGGGCCUAAACAAUCUAGGCACAGCAGAGAGGUUGCCAUAAGAGUCCCUCAAGUGGAAACCAGUCCAGCCACCCCUAUCACAAUCAAAUCCACUGGAAUGACUUGCAUGAUGUGAUACUGUGAUACAGAUGGUCCCUAGGAAGGAGAGCCUGGGAAACUACAAGAUUUGUUAAUAGGAGCAAUUUAUGCAACAAUCACUUUUAUUCAAAGAUUCAUCAAAAGUAGUGUAGUCCGCUGCUGCUUAUUUGUGAGGCACCCUGCGGGAUACAUGCAACUUGGAAUAAAUUGUCAACACUAACUGAAAACUUCUUUAUCUCCCAAAAAUUUACUUAAAAAUUGUGUUCUUAGUACUAUUGUUAUUAUCAUUACUAAUCAAUUAUUAUAAUUUAUUAUUUUUUUGCAGACUCCAUGCUUGUAUCCUUUUAUGAAGAUGUGGAUAUUGUACAUGUAUAUGAAAAGUUAAUUACUAUUGCGGAUAUUUCCUCUGUGUUAUCUGAAUGAUAAUUCUCAGCAUCGCCCAUGCAUCUCCUUUUUCAAAUAUCCAACUGAUUAUUAUAUUACUGGUAUGUUAAUUUCAGUUAUUGUUUCUUGUCCUUAUUUGUGAGCCACAAAGUCCUGGGUUACUAGUAAUAAUGUUACCCAUUUAAAGUCAUUUUUUUGCUCUGAAGUGAUAUGUUGCAUUAUUUGUACAAUUAUAGUUGACGACCGCAGAGAGCUCAAGUUCUAUUGUAAUUCAUUUUGCCACUAGUAAAUACAUUUGUAGAUCCCACUUUAUUUCCCAACAACUUUUUGUGGUAUUGUUAAAUAAUUUCCUUUAUUUGAAAUAAAUUGCUGUUGACAUCUUUGAACUAAUUAGGGGGUGACAAUCUGAAGGAAGCCUUUGAACAGGUAUAAUUUUUUUUAGUUUGUAUACAUGAUCAGUUUUAUACUAUGUCUCGUUUUAAGCCUCUGUUUUGAUUCAUUUUGUUUGGUAGUUAAUCUGGCAGGGGGAGGGCUUACCUCAGUCAACUUUUUGCUCAGUAUGUGCCGCUGGCUUCACAGAACCCCUUUAGAACCCAUUAUAAUCUAUUCUGUGGCCAGUUAUUAUAGACUGCAUCUUAGCUUUUUGGGGGCAAAUGUGAUUGUUGUGAUCCAAACUUCUUUAUGCAUCUACCUUGUAAAGCCUUUGAACUAGGUCAUCCUGAAGUGAAUUGCAACAUUUGCCUUAGUGCAUUAAGUUUAACCAGAAACUCAUAAUGAGUUUCUGGUUUAACACAUCUCCAUUAGCCUGUUCCUAGGAAGUCCCCCUGGGUACAUUGUUGUUAAUGCACAGAAUAAUUUCUCAUCAUUUUAAUAUUGUGUUAAGGUAGCAACAGCCAUGUUUGGCUACAUGACAGAUUUAUGCACAGUUGACAUUGUGAGGGUAGAAGAAAUUACAGCGGAAGGUAUCAUUAGGUUAUAAUGUUUCAUUCAACUCAUAUAAUCUGUCAGAUUGUUUUUAAAAAGUAUUUUCUUUCUAUUUUCCAUUGAAAGUAAACCAUUUUACUUUUAUCUUCCUUUGAAGUUGCCCCAGUACUUAAUCAUCUCUUGUGUAAUCUUUAUGUUGUGGAUUAGAGGACAACAAGAUGCGCUCAUUUUUAUCCAGUUAUAAAUAAUUAUCUCGUGAGCCUGUCAAUAUUACGUAGCCAUUGUACUUUGUGUUCAUAUGCUUCAAAUAAAUGCAUAACAAUGAGCCCAUGCAUUUGAAGAUUUCCAGAUAUUACAAGGACUUUCUUGUUUAUAGCCCUUCAUUUCCUAUAACUGUGAAUGAACCUCACAACUGUCAUAAAUACUAUUAAAUAUUUGAGAAAAAUAAUAUGACUUUUAUCAGGUGAUGACAUGCUUGGUCUCUUGUUCCAUUUUCUGGAUGAACUUCUCUUCUUGAUGUGUGCUGACCCAUACUUCAUAGUUAAAGUAAGCUUGAGGUAUUUCAGCUUUAAUCAUGCCAUAACAAAUGGCUCAGGCUACAUUCACACUAGAUGAAUGGUGAACAGAAAAACUGUGAGGGAUGCAUGACACUUGCAGUUAGAUAGCAAUAAAAGACAUUCAUGACACUGUUUGAUAAUUUGUCAUAAAUAUCAUCCUUUGAGCUAUGUUCACACUGUACUACAUGAAGGUAACUUUUGUGCCAGCAAAAAUCAUACCAUCCGCGGAGACCCAGGGGCAGAUAGUGGGGACGAGGUAAAAGUAAAGAACGGCGAGAAGAGCCCCUGGGGACAAUGUCUUACCAGACCAGAUCCAAACGGUUGCCGCCGUUCUGGCUUCUGAUUGGUGCCAGAAAACUUGUGUUUUUCUGGCACCAAUCAGAAGCCAGAACGGUGGCGACCGUUUGGAACUGGUCUGGUAAGACAUUGUCCCCAGGGCUCUUCUCGCCGUUUUUACUUUUCUUUCCAUAUAUUUUUCUGCCCGUUUAGACUUUUCCUGGCCCCCUUUAUCUGCCCCUGGGUCUCCGAGGAUGAAAUCAUACCAGAUAGGUCUUCUGUUCACACAUAAGAAUGGAGAUUUUGGCCCUCCAAUCUCAAAAGUGGAGCAUCACAGAGGAGAUAGUUUCCUGUUAUAGUCACUUUGGUUUAGUGUGAAAAGGUAUUCAGGCGGUAGUGAAAGUAAAAAUUAACUGUAAGUCAGGAAGAGAAACCCACUGUCAUCCCUAGGUAUCCCUAAUCAUCCCAGUCAUCCCUACUGAUCCUUUGUCAUCCCUAGUCAUCCCAGCCUUCCCUAGUCAUCCCUUGUCAUCAAAGUCAUCCAGACUCGUCCCAGUUAUCCCUAGUCGUCCCUAGUUAUACAUAAUCAUCUCUAGUCAUCCCUUUUCAUCCCAGUCAUCCCAAGUCAUUCCUAGUCAUCCUGUCAUCCUAGUCAUCCGUAGUCAUCCCAGUUAUCCUUACUCAUCCAAGUCAUCCCUAGUCACCUCAGUUAUCCCUAGUCAUCCUAGUCAUCCCAGUCAUCCCUAGUAAUCCCUGGUCAUCGAACUUAUGCAGAUUCCUCCCAGCUAGCCCUCAUCCCUAAUCAUCCCUGGUCAUCCCAGUCAUCUCUAGUGAUCCCUAGUCAUCCCAAGUUAUCCUUAGUCAUCCCUAUUCAUCCCUUUUUAUCCCUGCAGUCAUCCCAAGUCAUUCCUAAUCAUCCCAGUCAUGUUUAGUCAUCCCUAAUCAUCCCAGUGAUCCCUGAUCAUCCCUUCCCUAGUCAUCCCAGUCAUCUUAGUCAUCCCUAGUCAUCCCUUAUCAUCCCAGUCAUCCCUAGUCUUCCCAGUCAUCCCAAUCAUCCCAGUUACCCUGGUCAUCCCUGUUAUCCCUAACCAUCUUAGUCAUCCCUACUAGCUCCAGUCAUCUCUAGUCAUUUCAGUCAUCCCAUGCAGUCAUUCCUAGUCAUCCCAGUUACCCCUUGUGAUCAUGCACAGUCAUCCCCAGUCAUUCCAGUCGUGGUUGUCAUCGUGAAUCACAAGGGAGCAUCUCCCUGGUCCAGUUACCUGAAAACUGGCUGGCACUAACCUCAGAAACAACCUGUUAGAGUAA